UCGCGUCGCGCAUGCGCAUAGCAGCCGUGAGAUUCGGUUCUGCGGCAGGUCGAAGGAGGAUCUCCAGAGAGUUUGGUGGAUUUUGUGUGAAAUAAAUCUCUGAGUGCAGCAGACCUGAACGCCAUCAUGCCUGAGCGCGAGUCGGAACUGUACUCCAACCCUCUGGCCCCAGACGGUCAUGAAGUGGAGGAUCAUCGAUCUGCUCUGCAGUCCAAGCUGACUAAUGAGGACUUCAGGAAACUCCUGAUGACCCCCAGAGCCACACCUUCAUCAGCACCGCCCUCUAAAUCACGCCAUCAUGAAAUGCCGCGGGAGUAUAACGAGGAUGAAGAUCCUGCUGCUCGCAGGAGGAAGAAGAAGAGUUAUUACGCUAAACUGAGACAGCAGGAGAUGGAGAGGGAGAGAGAGUUAGCGGAGAAGUACAGAGACCGCGCCCGAGAGAGACGAGACGGCGUUAAUAAGGACUACGAGGAGACGGAACUGAUCAGCACCACAGCCAAUUACAGAGCUGUAGGACCCACCGCUGAGGCAGACAAAUCCGCAGCCGAAAAACGUCGUCAGUUGAUCCAGGAGUCCAAGUUCUUGGGUGGUGAUAUGGAGCACACUCACUUGGUGAAAGGUCUGGAUUUCGCUCUCCUGCAGAAGGUGAGAGCUGAGAUCACCAGUAAGGAGAGAGAAGAGGAGGACAUGAUGGAAAAAGCACAGAAGGAAGUCAAGAAUGAUGAAGAUCCUGAACAGAAGAUUGAGUUUAAGACUCGUCUGGGGAGGAAUAUUUACCGUAUCCUGUUUAAGGGGCGUCAGAUGGAGAGGAAUGAGUUGUUCCUGCCAGGGAGGAUGGCGUACGUGGUGGACCUGGAGGACGAGUACGCAGACACGGACAUUCCCACUACACUCAUCCGCAGCAAGGCUGACUGUCCCACCAUGGAGGCCCAGACCACUCUCACCACUAAUGAUAUUGUGAUCAGUAAACUCACCCAGAUCCUGUCCUACCUGAGACAAGGGACUCGCAACAAGAAGCUCAAAAAGAGGGAUAAAGGAAAGCUGGAUGAGCGUAAAGCCCCUGAAGCUGAUAUGAAUAUCUUUGAUGAUAUCGGUGAUUACAUCCCCACCACCUCUAAAUCAGCACGUGAUAAAGAGAAGGAGCGUUACAGAGAGAAGGAGAGAGAAAAGGAAAGAGAGAAGGAGAGGGAGAAGGAGAGGGAGAGAGAGCGGGAGAGAGAGGAAGAGAAACGACAUCACAGCUACUUCGAGAAACCUCGAGCUGAUGAUGAGCCUGUUGACUUGGAUAAAGGUCCAGGAUCAGUGAAGGAUCAGCUGAAGUUCAUUAAUGAGAAAUUUGCAGGAGCAGCAGCAACAGACUGGCAGCAAACAUCUGGGAUGAGACGUGAAGAGAAGAAACAUCUGGGAGAUUUCUUCGGGAUGUCCAACAGUUACGCUGAGUGUUACCCUGCUACGAUGGAUGACUUGGCUGUAGACAGUGAUGAAGAGGUUGAUUACAGUAAGAUGGACCAGGGCAAUAAGAAGGGACCUUUGGGCAGGUGGGACUUUGACACCCAGGAGGAAUACAGUGACUACAUGAACAACAAGGAGGCUUUACCAAAAGCUGCAUUUCAGUAUGGAAUUAAAAUGUCAGAGGGAAGAAAAACACGACGCUUUAAAGAGACCAAUGAGAAAGCAGAGCUCGACCGACAGUGGAAGAAAAUCAGUGCUAUUAUUGAAAAGAGGAAGAAGAUGGAGGCUGAUGGGGUGGAUGUGAAGAGGCCCAAAUAUUAACUGUGUGUGUGAGUGUGUGUGAGUGUGUUGAGUGUGUGUGUGAGUGUGAGUGUGUGUGUGAGUGUGAGUGUGUGAGUGUGUGUGUGAGUGUGUGUGUGAGUGUGUGUGUGAGUGUGUGUGUGAGUGUGUGUGUGUGUGUGUAUCCAAACAUUACUCAUCUUUACAUGAUGUAAGAGAUAAACAGAGUCCAUAGUGUUUGUGAGUCUUUAAUUCUGUGCAUAAAUAUUGGCAUCCAGAUGAAUAAAACCAGAGAAACUAAUAAAUGAGUGAAAAUC